AUGAAGCACUGCCACUUGCUUCCCCUCCUCCUCAUCACUCUUCUGUUCCUUGCCCCAAGAGUUCACUCCAUCAGGACCAAAUUUUCAGGCCCCUCCACUUCAAGCCAUCAAGAUUUUCAUCCGUGGGGAAAUCCUCCAAUCAGCAGCAGAGACAGAGAGUUUAUGUCAGAGAAACGCAGAGUGCCAACAGGAUCCAACCCUUUGCACAACAAGAGAUAG